AGCGCAGGAGGGAGAGAGAAAAAGCGAGUGCACAGGAGAGCAAGAAAAAGAAGCUAGAGCCGAGAGAAAGAGAGUCGCAGGAGGAAGAGGGAGAAUGCACUGUGUCUGGGUAACACUUCCUCGCUUGUAUCCAGGGCCUUUGUGAAUACACCAUGGGAUGCAUCGGCUCCAGGACACUGACGGCAGAUGGCGUGCCAGUCCAGAAAGAUGGGGAGCAGCAUGGACGUUCAGAAUUUUCAUGGGAAGGAAUCAAUCUGUCUAUGGAAGACACCACAUCCAUCCUGCCUCGGCUCAAGAGGAACUCAAACGCCUACGGCAUUGGGGCUCUGGCUAAGUCUUCUCUGUCAGGUGUGUCAGGGGUGACCCGCACUAUGAAGGAGAGAGUGACCAAGCCCACAGCCAUGGCCCAGGGUCGUGUCGCUCACAUGAUCGAAUGGCAAAACUGGAGCAUGCAGACGGUGGGUGCUGGGGGCGUCCCGCUGCCCCGCAUCUCUACCCAGGAACGGGAAAAGGAGCGGCGGAUGGAGAGCGACGCCUACAGUGACCUCAGUGACGGCGAGAAGGAGGCUCGAUUCGCUGCAGGUAUCCUGCAGCAGUUCGCAAUCUCAGAGGCAACACUCCUGGCCUGGUCAUCAAUGGAUGGAGAGAGCCCGCGGUCGGGGUCGAACCAGGGCAGCGUGGCUCAUCUAAGUGAGAUCAACCAGGAGAGCAUCACCAGUCGAGAUCAGAUAUUGCACCACUCCUCAGCAGAGGUGUGGCCUCACACAUACGUCUCCCAGGGCCACUACUGCCUCUCCUCCUCCGACGCCUGGGAGCCCAUCAACAACGAUCCCUCCGUAGUGGCGUCUCCCCCUGCUGGCUCCUACGUUAUGGGGACUGAUGGGUUUGAUGGGCAGGCGGCGGCACACUUCCUGUCGCAGCAGCAGCAGCAGCAGCAGUUCACUCUCCAGCAGCAGAGUCAACUACAACAGCUCCAGCAGAUCCAACAGAUUCAGCACUACCAGCAACAGCAGCUCCUGCAGUAUCAGCAACAACAGUCGCUGGAGCACAGGCUGCACAGUGCCAACCACUCUUUGCAAGCGACACCCAACAGCACCAUCCACAGUCUGGUCCAUCCCGUUCAUCCACCAUUGGUCGAUCUGUGGAACACGGGGCAGAUGGAGGCCUAUCAGACGGAGGCUGGAGGCUACAUGGGUGUGGCGGCGGUGGUGGAGCCGAGCCUCUGCGUUCCCUCCGGAGACGAGAUGGUGGGAACAGAACACUCCCCGCUACUGGAGCAGCAGGAGGAGGAGGAGGUCAAGGAGGAAGAGGUGAUGCUGUGCAUGGAGCCAGAGUCGGCCAUGUUGACUCCGCCCAUGCAACAAGGGGAUGCCUCUGGUGGCAGUAGUCCGGGGCAACCACCGGCAGAGCCAAUCACAGAGCGGAAAGCCUCCGAUGUUACCUCCGGCCUCAUUCAGACAAUAGAGGAGAAGGACCAGGAGGGGCCUGAUGCCUCCAUGACAACCAACUGAGUUCCUGGCUGUUGACUCUUUAUUACAAACUGACGGGGAGUCAGCGGGGAAUGAGCGUAAUAACACAAUAUCUAUCUAUUAAUCUGUUCCUUUUCAGGUAUCAAAAACACAACUUUUUGGUUGCGAGAUGAAUUUAAAGUGGUGAGAAACACCUUUGGAAGUGGACUCACAACAAGACAAGAGUUGAUGCAACAAAGGACACCUAUUUCUUUGUAAGCCUUACAUCCCAAAGGUAAUUAAAGAGAGGAGAGAGGACAGAGAAACUGAAAAGAAGGAGGAGGAGCACCAACUGAUUGAGACAUUUCCAUCAGGGUUAAUGAAACCAAGCUGCGAUAGAUAGGAGGGGAACGGAAACAUGCAUGCUUUUUAUGAAGACAAGCAACUCGACCCUGUCAUCGUCUCAUAACGAUAACUAAAAUCAUAAUAGAACGUUAUAAUAAGAAUAAUUUUGUAAUAAAGCAAAAUAAGAAGACAAAAUCUAUGUAUAAGUGUGUAAUAAGAUAUAAUAGUUUUCCUAUGGGAGAACUACUCUGUUUACAGCUGUUACUCAACAUAUUAGAUAGCAUUUAAUCAAAUUAAUUUCCCUCACAUCGAACACACAUGGUAUAUUUUGAAAAUGGCAGCCCAUACAAUUUCACAUGCAAUUAAAGCAGGCUCAGAAAAUGUCAGAUUUUCAGUGAAAUGCAGAUUAUCCCUCUAAAAUAAAUUAUUCUCUGACGCUGUGGCACCAGGAUGCCCGAGGCACAACCCAGGGACAGGCCUGUCCUGCUGACCGCACACACUAAACUCUGCACAGAUAAGGAUUGUACUAUACAAUAGCGUGCUUCCUACUCUGUCACUCUGUAUGCAUGUUCCUUCAGAGUACUAAGGAGUACCUGUGCAACACAGCACUGUAUAGACUUGGCACUGAACCAUAGUGUCCCAGGUGGGGCCACGGCGGGCCUGCGGUGAGCAUGAGCUGCGAGAAAUAAAGACAGAGCUGCAUAAGCGGAUUUCUUUUGCACUGAUGCAAUCCAACAGAUCAGAGGUUGCCUUUGGACGGUUGAUGUUGCCCAGUUCCCACUCUGAAAGCUUUCAGCACCACCGACAACCAAAACCGAGCCACUUAACAACACAAACCCUCAGCUGCUUUUUUUCCAUAGACGUAGUUGCAGUAAAAUUGAGGAUGAUAACCACUAUUUGAAUGUACUGGAAGACAGAAGGCAGUGCACGGGCGUUUGUUUUUGAUGUCUCCUCACGGUCCACGUGGAAGCGGAUCAAAGGCUUUGUUACUAAACAAAGAUAAACAAGCGAGUCUUUUAAAAGUGUGGGAUGAAGCUGUUGAAAAUGGAUUCACUUCUUGCUCACCUGGACCACCGCUACACACACACACACACACACACACACACACACACACACACACACACACACACACACACACACACACACAGAGAUACACAAAUAUCUAAAUUGUAACCAGCAAUAGACAGGCAAAACACUGGCUCUCCAACAGACCAGUGCCAGCUCUGUCAUAUAGAUGUAAAUAGUCUGAGAAUAUAAAGAAAAUCGCCUCUCACUCACAGUCACAACUGUUUUACUACAGUAUGAUUUCUUUAUUUUUUUACACCUGUCAGUCCCACUUUAUUUUGGGAUUGCUCUCAAGCUCACAGUUGUUGGCAUGAAUCUUUUUUUUUUUUUUUCAAUGGGAGGAAUGUUUGGCGAUCGCUCAAACUGGAGAGUGUUUCAUCCGGCGAAUCCAUCAGUGGGGAAACAAACAGUAGUACGUCUGAGUUCACGGGGGACAUUAGAGCCCACGUGUCGCUCAUUCAGCCAAUCAGGGAAUAGAACAGAAGACGAGGACUGAACACUAGAGCCGUGUUUAACGGUGUCGUCCUGCUCAUUGUGAUUACUGUGAAGCAGCUGCCUGGAGUGUGAUAGUGACUAUAGUGACGUUUGAGGAAGCAUGAUAUGUUUUAUUUUUUUCCUUCACACGAGGAAGAAGGGGAGUUUUCCAGCGAGGAGCUAAACAGAGACAGUGCAGAACAUGGACUUUCUGUACAUGACUCACUGACGAACUUUACAACAAAACACAACCACUGUUUUCAUCUUUUCUCUGUUGGGGGAGCACCUUCUUCUCUCACUUUGAUGAUUGUGUAAGAAACUUUUGAGAUAAAAAAAAAAAAAAGUGAAACGGUUUAUUGACUUGAAUGAAUUUAUUUAAUGAUUGCUUCUUUAUGCAAUGUUGGGAAUGAUGUUUAUUUUUCUACUGACUUGUUGAAAUCCCUUCCAGUAUAAGUUAGAAUAGGUGUCACAGUUGUAAAGCAGUCUUGUUUCGGGAUAGUUUUGAGCUCUUUGAACUCCAAGAAAAACACACAGUUGUCAAGAGAUUAGAGACGGAUAGUUUGGCAGCUCUUUUUUUUCAGAGAUUCUUGUUUAGUGAGUCACACAAACUAGAGGGCUCAAAACUGCCUAACAGGGUGUCUUUACACAGUGGUACAUAUUAAUUUAUUUAUUGAACAAUUACUUGGUGGGGAGGAAUAAUGUGACAGCUUGUACAGAGUCUAUAAUUUCAUGUAGGUACCAACCCUUCUGGGAGCAGUAUCUUUUCUUUGUGAUUCACUCAGUUUUAAAGACAUAAUGUGGUGGAAAGACCGUUGCUUUAUAUUUGUUGAUUGUUGAACAACUGCAAGGCUAAUUUGGGCUUGGCUAAAAUGAUAUAUUAGUUCAUAAGGAAACAUGCAUGGACUUGGUGAAUAGACACUGCUUCAAAUUGGGUUAUUUUUCUUUCUUUUUUUUUGUUUAUCAAAAUGUCACCGAAAGAAUAAACUAAUAACAAGAAGCCAAA